AUGUCUCUUAGCUGUUUUCGAAAUUUUGAAGCUGCCCGCGAGAUAUUUGCGUCCUGGCCUCGUGGCAAAUAUAUAAUCUCUAUUAUGAACUUUUUGCCAUAUCGAAUAGUUUUGUUAGUAAUCAUUGUGUUCUUGUGGAUUGCAGCUGUUAAUCUUAGAGCAAUUAAUGAUUCAGCACAAUUACAGGAAAGACUUGAAGGUCCUAGCCCAAACAGUGUCUUAUUUCAGCUUUUUACUCGGAAUAAUCCUGACAAAGCACAGUUUCUUCAAGUAGGCAACAUUCCUCUGCUAAAGCAGUCAAACUACAACAAUAGCCUGCCAACCAAAAUAUUUGUUCAUGGUUAUGGUGCCGUUCCUAGUCAGGGCUAUUCUGCUAAAGAUGCAUACUUGUUGCGAGAGGACUGUAACUUUAUUUCAGUGGACUGGACCACCCUUGGUUCCAGCAACUAUGUGUUGGUUGCAGUGAACAAUGUCCUAGCUGGAGCUACAACUGGGGCAUUUGUUGAUUUUCUUUUCCGUCAAGGAACACCACUGAGUGCUUUUCACCUCAUUGGAUUUAGCAUGGGGGCCCAUAUUGUUGGUCUUGCAGGAGCCUAUAUGACAUCUACUGGACUCUUACCGAGAAUCACUGGUUUAGAUCCGGCAGAAUAUUGUUUUCCCCUAGAACUAACCGACAACCGUCUUGACACAAGUGACGCGUCUUUUGUAGAUGUGAUUCACACUAGCGAUAUUGCUUAUAGGAAAGCUGCAGGACACGCCGAUUUUUAUGUCAAUGGUGGCAUCCUUCAACCCGGAUGCUCGUCGCGCAUUCCCGACAUUGAAUGUUGCAGUCAUUGCCGUGCCGUUGACCUAUUUGCAGAAUCCAUCGACAGCCCGUUAGGCUUCAAGGCGUUCCUCUGUGAUUCUUGGAAGAAUUUCCAAGGUGGCCUUUGCAACAAAAGCACACAAUCGUUCAUGGGAGAGCCAACUUCAUCAAGCACACGCGGAAAUUUCUACUUAACGACUAAUGGUCAACGACCGUUUGCACGAAAUUAAUUUGAACUUGAGCAACUAUAGAGAUUUACGAUAUAUAAUUGACAAAAUACUGUAACCAUCUCCAAUAAAUGGUGAGCACCAUGCAUCUGCAAAAACUUAUGCUUUUUGACAGCUUCCU